CUCAAGCUCAUGCCUUCUUACUCAGAUCCACCACCACAAAUACAUAUAAACCAGAAAUCUAAAGAAACCAACAGUCCAUGAUUACAUGCUUUUAGAAAUGGAAGCUUGUCUUGUGCACUAAAAGUUGUGAUUGUGUCGUAAAGCAAUUCCAUUAGCUAGCCAUGGAUGAUCAUAAUAUACUUUCCCCCCUUUUGAAUCCUACCAUUCCCUGGUGUCUUUUCUACGUACACCAACCAAGUUUAGCAUCUCCAGUAGCACACCCUUCUUCAUUAAGAAACACCAAUCCCAAUCAACACACCACCACCACAUUUGCCUUUUGCCUUGCCUACUUAUGAACACGCACUCCGCAAUCGCAUACAUACAUACAUACAUACUUUUGUCUUGGGUUUAUUGCAAAGCUACGAGGAAUUUUAAUUUUGGUUUGGUAGGGAGAGGGAUAGCAGUCAACACAGAGAAUGAGUGCCGACUGGGGACCCGUCGUCGUUGCGGUGGUGACGUUUAUCCUCCUCUCGCCGGGUCUUCUGUUCCAGUUGCCGGCCAGGACGAGGGUGAUCGAAUUCGGCAACAUGUACACCAGUGGCAUCUCCAUCUUGGUGCAUGCAGUUUUGUACUUUUGUAUUUACACCAUCUUGAUUGUUGCCAUUGGAAUUCAUAUACAUGCUGGCUAGCUAAAUGUUUUUAAGCAACCAAAACUCCCUUCCUUCCUUCCUUUUACUACCUGAUUCUCUCUGUUCCUUAGACGAUGUAUCUACUGUACUGCCUUCACACUUGAACUGAUACUUUCUCUUCUUUUU